UCCUUCAUCUUCUUCCCUUUUCAAUUCCCACACUCAAAACCAAAUUCAACACAAUAAUCACACCCCCAUUUUCUCUAUUCCCACCCCCACCCCUUCCAUGGCACAAGAACAACCACCAUUACAGAUCCACUCUACCACCAAUAACAACAACAAUAUGGUUCACCCUGUUUCACUACCAGUUCAUCAUAACCAUGCUAGAGAAGUGAAGCAUUACAAAAAAUGGUUUCCUUGGUUGUUACCGUUUUUUGUUGUUGCUAACAUCGUGGUUUUUGUUAUCACUAUGUAUGUUAAUAAUUGUCCCAAGAAUUCUGUUUCUUGUAUUGCGAGGUUUCUCAAGCGUUUCGCUUUUCAGCCUCUUAAGGAAAAUCCUCUUCUUGGUCCUUCUUCUUUGACGCUACAGAAGAUGGGGGCUCUUGAUGUGGACAAAGUGGUUCACGGGCACCAAGGUUGGCGUCUCAUCACUUGUAUGUGGCUACAUGGUGGAGUUUUUCAUCUAUUAGCAAAUAUGUUGGGCAUUCUUUUCAUUGGAAUUCGGCUUGAGCAAGAAUUUGGGUUUGUGCUUAUUGGACUGCUAUUUGUCAUAUCUGGAUUUGGAGGCAGUUUGCUUUCUGCUCUUUUCAUUCAGUCAAACAUUUCUGUCGGUGCUUCUGGUGCGCUCUUUGGGUUGCUAGGAGCAAUGCUAUCAGAACUCAUCACUAAUUGGUCUAUGUAUGAUAACAAGAUUGCAGCACUUUUCACACUUGUUAUCAUCAUUGUUGUCAAUCUCGCAAUCGGGAUUCUUCCACAUGUGGACAACUUUGCUCAUAUUGGAGGCUUUCUUGCAGGAUUUCUUCUUGGAUUUGUGUUUUUGAUACGACCUCAGUUUGGAUGGGUAAACCAACGAUAUGCUCGUGUAGAGUAUUCUCCAACACGCGCUACGCCUAAAUUCAAGAAAUAUCAGUGCAUAUUAUGGGUUCUCUCCUUGAUCAUUCUAAUUGUUGGGCUUUCUGGUGGACUUGUUGCACUCCUCAGUGGUAUUGAUGCAAAUGAUCACUGCUCUUGGUGCCAUUAUCUGUCUUGCGUUCCAACUUCAAAAUGGAACUGCCAUACAGAGGCAGCAUAUUGUUUGUCAAACCAGCUUGGCAGCCAGCUGAAUGUAACAUGCUCAAGCAAUGGUAAAUCCAGUACAUACUUGAUGCAAGAUCCAACUAGUUCCCAGAUCCAGCAAUUGUGUACUCAACUUUGUAAUUGAGUUUUGACCAAAACGUAUGACCAAAGACGAUGAUCAGUUGUUUAUAUUAGGGUUUCAGGCUCUCAUGAAGCACUAUAGUUCUAUAUAAUGGAGUUUAUAUUUUUUGCUUUAUUCAGGAAUCAGAUUCUUUUUAAAAGGAUUAUUUUUGGCUUAGCAGAUUUGGUUUAUUGUGUAUAUAAUACUUGGGCUGAUACAUAUUUUGUGCCUGGAACAAAUAUAUACUUACAAAUGAUUUGUAUCAUAAAAGAAGAUAAAAGCUAUAUUCUAAUUGCUUUGAUGUGAAUAUAGGCUUAAUUGGCUUGUUA